AUGUCUCACAUAUUUGUCAACCACUCAACUACACUCUCCACUUUUGAAUCAACUUCACUUGAGCCAACAUUUAAGGAUCUACCACCACUCGAAUCAACCACUAGAGCACUCAGCAUCUUUGGUGAAAACUUCAAUAAUUAUGAGCCACUGAAAAAGCGCCACCAACAUCACCAUAACCAUAACCAUAGACGAGCACAAGCACGGUCACGGGAUCGCACUCGCCCUACAUCGUCCGCUUCCAGUCUCAAAAGUAAAGUGUUACCAACAAGAACAAUCUCACGAGGUUUAUUCAAAGGGUAUAAUGAUAUCCGUCGCUUUAACUGCUUUUCAGAGGAGUGUAAUCUUAACAUUGAUGCAUUUCGAAAUUGUGCAUAUUGUCGGCAUAUCCCUUAUAUUCCAUCCCCGUUAAAAGAUGUGGAGCUUAAUCCACCCAAAAGGGGCAGAGAAUACAGUGAUGAUAAAGAUAUUGACCGGUGUGGCAACAACAAAUUUGACGACGAUGAUGAGUAUGAUGCAUUUAAUGACUAUCUUUGCCAAUGGAAAAGCAUUGAGCAACAAAAUAUCAACAAGAUCAAGGUGCCUCAAGGAGUAGGCUUUAUUGCGCCCCGGGAAAGGUCGACUAACAAGCAACAAUUUACGUCGCAUCCAUCGAGAGCCAUUUCAAACACCUUAAGCACACGGCAAAACACAUCAGUUGCAAAUAAACAACGCAACUGCUCACACGAGCAACAUCCAACUAAAGUAUUCAAUGCUCUCUGUAAUAGCAACAAGGAUGAAAAGAAUUGCAAGUCGUAUGGUAUGAUUGAUCUUUUGAAAUGCACCGACUUUCAGUUUAAGCAAAGGUUUGCGGAUAUGAAAAACCAGGGGAAACAAAUGGCAAAAGCACGUUCAAUCUCAGCUCCAUCGUUUAAUCUCUAA